AUGUGGCGAUCAACAAUUCUACUUUUGCUGACUCUUGCAGCUUGUAUGUUUUAUCCAGCUCAGUCAACGGGUGGACUCGAUAUAGAAAAGUUGGGAGCAGGGGGCAAGAAAUUUUUCAUAGAUAUAAAAAAGGAUAUGGAGCAGCACAUGCCUACCACUACCAAGAUUUUCAAUAAUGCAGGUCUGUUUUCAAAACUAUGCAUAAGAAAGGGUAGAUAGAU